AUGUCUGAUUAUGACGAUAUUUCACCAAUUGUCAUUGACAACGGUUCGGAUGUGUUCAGAGCCGGUUUUGCUGGUGAUGAAGCCCCAGUAUGUGGGUACAGCACAGGUAUGGAUUCUAAAGGUUACUAUGUUGGAGAAGAGGCACAGAAAAGACGUGGUUUGCUUUCCCUGGAUUAUCCAAUAGAACAUGGAAUUGUAACAAAUUGGGACGACAUGGAACUGAUAUGUCAUGAUAUUUGCAAGAGUAAUCUAGAGGUACCACUAAAGGAGCACCCAUGUCUACUAACAGAACCUCCACUUAAUCCAAAUAUAACAGAGAGAAAAUGGCACAGAUGUAGUGAAAAAUACUUCAAACGAACCUAUAUCUGUGGUUUUGAAGUUGUUAGAGAAAUGAAAGAAAAAUUGUGUUAUGUUGCGGAAGAUUACUCAAAAGAAGUCAUUUUGUCAGAAUGUUUUCCUGGUGUUGAUAAAUCAUAUGAACUUUCAGAUGGAAAUUUGAUUACUAUUGGUCAAGAGAGGUUCCGGUGUCCAGGGAUGUUGUUUCGACCUUCGAAAGAUAUAGGAUCUGAUGGUAUACACAAGUCAUUGUACGACUCAAUAUUGGCAGUUGAUAUAGACUGA